GCAGUCACAGUUGUAGUUUCUGUUUCAGUUUUAUCUAUUUCAUCAGCGUGUCUGGUCCGAGUCAGUCCAGCCCAGCCCAGUCCACUCCAGUUCUUGGCUAUGAAGAUUAUCCAUGUGGCACUCCACUGCUGUGGCCUACUGGCCGCCGCCAGUGGUCUUAGCUUCACGGUCACCUCGAGGAUCUUCAUGGACGUGAAGCACAAUAAGCAGCCCAUUGGCCGCAUCACCUUCGGGCUGUUUGGGAAGCUGGCGCCCAAGGCGGUGGCCAACUUCCGGCAUAUCUGCCUGCGCGGCAUCAACGGCACCAGCUACGUGGGUGCCCGCUUCCACAGGGUGGUGGACCGAUUCCUGGUGCAGGGCGGCGACAUUAUAAGCGGUGACGGCACCGGCUCCAUCAGCAUCUACGGCGACUAUUUCGAGGAUGAGGACAAGGCUCUGGCAGUGGAGCAUAACCGUCCAGGCUAUUUGGGCAUGGCAAACCGGGGACCGGACACCAACGGAUGCCAGUUCUAUGUGACGACAGUCGGCGCCAAGUGGCUGGACGGGAAGCACACGGUCUUCGGCAAGGUUCUCGAGGGCAUGGACACAAUCUAUGCCAUCGAAGAUGUAAAAACGGACACGGAUGACUUUCCCGUGCAGCCGGUGGUCAUCUCCAACUGCGGCGAGAUUCCCACCGAGCAGUUCGAGUUCUAUCCGGACGACUACAACAUCCUCGGGUGGAUCAAAGCGGCGGGUCUGCCCGUGACCAGCUCCUUUCUCGUGCUGCUCAUCUUUCACUAUUUUUUUCGACAGCUAAACAUGUACUGUUGAAGAGCUUUAAUUACUGCACAUAUAAACCCAAUAC